AUGAAGGUCCGUAAUGUGCCUGUGGUCUCCUACGACUCGCUAGUUGGUAGAAUGGACCUUUCAGAUGUCAUUGAAGAGGCCUUUGGCUACGAAGGGAUAGGAAUUCUUGCAGUGAGUGACGUCCCAGAACUUAGCAAGAAACGGAAGAAUCUCUUACCCUUGGCCUUUGCAUUUGCCAAUCUCCCGGAUGAUGUGAAGGCAAAAUGUGAAUUACCUCAAGCUUUUUACAGCUUUGGGUGGAGUCACGGUAAGGAGAGAUUGCAGGGUAGACCAGACCUUGCGAAAGGGUCGUAUUAUAAUAAUCCAGAGACCAAUAACUUGGCUAAUGGAGACCAGGAGCUUAUUAACAGGUUCCCGUCUUUCUUCCAUCCUAAUAUCUGGCCUACAGAGUUACCAGAGUUAGAGGAGGCAUUCAUGCAGUUGGGACAAUUGAUUGUGUACACGGGGAUGUUGGUGGCAUAUCAGUGUGACAAACUCGUCGAGAGCAAGUGUCCUGGGUAUGAGAAAGGUAAACUGCACCGCAUCAUUAGCACGAGCAAGUGCUCCAAAGCUAGAUUGCUGCACUACUACGCGCUGUCAGAGGAGCAAAUUGCAGCACAGAGUGAAGCCUUGACGCUCGAGGACUCGUUCGCUUGGUGUGGCUGGCACAACGACCAUGGAGCACUCACGGGACUGGUGCAAGCCUUGUUCACCGAUAGCACGGGCGUCAUGGUGCCGAACCCAGAUCCUGCAGCCGGACUCUACGUGAAAACCCGUCGGAAUGAAAUCCUCAAGGUCAACAUACCACCUGGCCACUUGAUCUACCAGAUCGGUGAGACAUCGCAGAUCCUCUCCGGAGGCACGUUACAAGCCACCCCACACGCUGUGCGAGGACCUCAGGUCACGGGCGUGAACCGCGAAACACUGGCUGUGUUCAUGCAGCCUUUGCCUGACGAAAGGAUGGCUGUGCCGAGCUUCGUGGACCCUUUUAAGGCUGGAAAGACCGAGCAUUUACCGACGGACGUUCCAUCUCUGCUCUCACGCUGGAACAAUGAAAUGGACUAUGAAGACUUUACACAGGCCACUUUCAAGGCCUACUACUGUCGCUGCCACGUGCUGCCAAAUGAACAAUAUUGA